AUGUUACCAAGUAUACGAGCUCUGAUUGUCGCUGGAUUCGUCAGUUUUGUCUCUAAUUGGCAGUUUGGCUAUCAAGUAAUUGUUUUCCAUGUUUUUGAGUAGUUCAAUAAACUUUAUCCUUAGCUUCUCUCACAAUAUUGUUGUAGUUACCUAAAAUUGUGCUUAUUACAAUUAAAUAUUUUAUUGAACCUGUAAACGAACUGUAAAACAACGAUUUUUUGAUAAGACAAAUUUUUGUUUCGGCCUUCAUCGAAGCUUCAGUAUUUUUGUCGACAGUGCAGGCUGCACUGCUCAUUUUAUACGAUGAAACAUAUCAUGAAGUAAAAAAUUUACAAAAUCAAAAACUAAAAAAAUGAAAACAAAGGAAGCUGAUAAAGAUUACUUUGUGUGUAUUUGAAGAUAACAUAUGUAAAUACAGCUUCUGAUGAAUUCUACGACCUAUAUCAACAUUCGCUGGAGCUGAAUGACUCCAGUACGACUGUCGAGGAUUGGCCACAAAAAUGGAGUUUUGUAGUCUCCAGCUUCUAUCCAGGCUCCGUUCUUGGAUUUGUCGCAGUAAGUGUUAGUUAUUGAUGCUUAAAUUAUUAUUUUGGUAGGUUUGUUAGUAAAUUAACUGUUGAACUUUACUACAUUAUUUUAGGUACCAAUUCUUGUAAAUAAGGUCGGAGUUAGAGCGGGCAUGACGUACGCAUCGAUUCCAGCUGUCUUUGGAUGCCUUCUUAUGAUAUUUGUGCAAAAUUUUAUUGUGAUCUGUAAGUUUCGUCUCAAUAACAUAAAUUCAGGUAAAAAACGUUAGUCAAAAAUUUUCAAAUUUAUGUAAAAUACGGUAAUCGCAACAAAAAUAUUAUUAAAACUAAAAUUUAAUUAUUAAUGAUAUUUUAGCACCAACCUGUUUGUUAGGAGCUUUAAUGACCGGUAGAUUUAUGACAGGAAUGCAAAGUGGAUGUGCGUUGUGUUUACUGCCAUUGUUUUUUCAUGAAACUUGCGACAAGGAGCGACGAGAGUUUAUCGUAGCGUUACAAGUAAGUUACAACACUUUCUUGAUCUAUUCCAUCUUUUAAUGCAGUAAACGAUCAAGAUAUAAAUUUAUUGCACGGUGCAGUACUCAUAGGUCAAGAAAGUGCACUGUGCUUUAUGAAACUUUCAAAACAAAUUUAAUGUUUUUUGAUGGCACAAUUUACAUUUUAUAGCUUAUAAUGUUUGUGUUUCAGCAAGUGUUCCAAGCAGUCUCAACCUUGAUUGGCUUUCUUUGUGGUACCAAUAUUAUCUUUCCACCAGGUAUUGUUUGUUCGAUAACAGUUGACUGAUCAGCAAUAUUUUUGAACCCUGAUAUACGUGUUAUGCCCGUUCUCAUAGUUCUUUGUCAAACUCAACUUUAUGAAAAAAUUUGAGGUUUGAUUAGUGGUAAAGUUUGUUAUAGGUACAGUAUACUUUUGGUUAUGUUUUGAAAAACUCUUGGGUAUGGUAAGCUAAUAUUAUUUCAAAUUUCAGGUUACAUAAAGGUGAUAUGGCUUCAGAUUAUUGGUUUGCUGCCCUCUUUACUUGGGUUAAUCUUCUUUACUGUCGCUCCUAGAACACCCAAGUACAUCAUUGAACAUAUGACUUCGGAUGAAGCUUAUGAAUCCGGUAACGUUUGUUUAAGUUACGGAUUAUUAAAUAUAAAUCACUAAAGAUAUAUAGAGAAUUAUCGCGUUAAAUAACAUGCAUUGCCUUCUUGUAAUGGUAGUUAACUUCAGAGCUUUACAAAAGUGCCAGAUUCUACCAAGGGCCAGAUGCUGAAGAUUGUAUUCUGGGGAUGAAGUCGGAAGUGGCAGGAGAACGGACUAAGCCAGCGGAAGUGAGAGACAGCUCUGUGAUCAAGUCCGAUAUUAAGGUUGGGCAUUGUUUCUCAAUUUUUUGGUUUGACAUUGUUUAAUAUAAUAUUAUAACUUUAUGUGUUAUAACUACGUAUAUGUAAAACUUAUAGGGAGCCAUUUUGGGAUUUGUAGCAGCAAUCAGCUUUGGAUUUACUGGCGAUGAUUUGGUUGAUUCUUACUCUACCGAGUUCUUAUAUGUAGGUUACAACAACAGUAACCUAUAUUGUAACGAAGUUUGUUUUGUAUUACAUUGUCAACUCAAAUGGUUAAUAUGUUUUAGAGCCAUUCCAAGAGUCCAGAAGCCGCCGUUACCAACAUAACCUUGCUAAUGGGUGUCGUUCUUAUCAUUUGUAGUGUUAUUGGCGCCUUUUUGGUAGGUAAUUUUUCAUUUGGAUGUUCGUCUUACCGUAUUUUACUAUAACCGUACUAUAAUACUUAUUAUAUUAAAGCUUAUCAUAGUAUGUAACUUGAAAACUUGUAGCUAGACGAAUAUGGUAACCGCAAAGUGAUAGUAUAUGGUCUUGUCGGUACAGCCAUAGCCAACGCCCUCACCUCGCUUGGAUCGUCCAUAGGAAACUGGGUGAUAACAGCGACAGGAAUGAUAAUGACCAAGUCCUUCAUCGGACUAGGGGCAGGUGCUCCAGCCUGGUUUCUCAGCUCCGAACUGGUAUCAGAACGUCGUGCUUCUCUAGCCCAGACUAUUUCUACUGGCUCGCUUCUGAUGGUGGUCGGUCUUCUGACUUCUGUAUUCUUGUCAGUCGAUCAGCUGAUCCCCAGCUGGAGUUUGUUGUUGAUCACAAGUCUUCCGGCGUCUAUUUGUGCUGUCAUACUGUAUUUGUUCUUGCCAGAGACCAAGGGGGUUAGUCCAGACCAGAUCUACCCACUUUUAAAUGCCAAUUUCUUGUCAGGGUUGAAGGCUCCACCUGAGCGGUCUUAUGGGUCGAUAUCUACGUCUGGGGUGGACUAG